AUGCGCCAAACCCUUUCCCUCCUCCUCCAGCGCCUCCCAGUCCACAUAACCCUCUACAGCCGUGCAACAUGCAGCCUCUGUGACACGGCGCGCACGGAGCUCUCACAAGCGUGGGAAAAGCAGCCAUUCGAGUAUGUCGAAGUAGACGUGAUGAAGGAUGACAAGUGGCGUGUUUAUGUACACAACCCUUGUUCCAAGCUCGUUAUCGCCGUGGCUAAGUUGAUCGGGGGGAUAUCAUAGGAAUUCGACGUCCCGGUGAUCCACAUUGCCAGGACAAUAGGCGAGAAGGGCAUUGAAGAAGGUGAAAAGAUAAGGAAGUUGAUGCAUAGGUUUAAGACGGCGGAGGUGGUAGGAGCUAUGGAGGAGGUGUUGAGUGAGGAGGGGGGGGGAAAUAGGGGGAAGGAAGGGGGUUGA